AUGGAUAGCACGCCGACAGCCAAUUUAUUACCCGCGCGGCUUCGGCUGCAGCGGCAGAGCCUGUCGUCGUACAGCUCUGAGCAGCGGGACGCCACGCCGGUCGCCGGACCGUCGCGCCUAUCGCCUCUCAACGCGCUCGGCCCCAAGACGCCCUUCUUGGACACUGCCGACGACGACCAGUCCACGCCGCGCCUGGGCGCCAAAGACCGGCUGCCGUCGCCGGACACGACCCGGAGCGUGAACAUCCUCCGCCUGCGCUCGCUCGUCAGAGGAGGCGGGGAUGGAUCCACCACCCAACUGUUGAACGAACAAGCGCCGUCGGUGACCACCGGAGACACGUCCGAGUUCGAGCCACCGCCGCGCUGGAACGGUGGGAACGCGUCCAGCACGUCUUCCCACCGCCAGUCCGUCCAGUCCUUGUUCUCCCGCGCCCUUAGGGACACCCCGCCCAGAAAGACGCCCGGCAGGAGAAAUAGCAUCGAUGCUAGUGAUAUGUCAGACAGCCCGCACGUGGAGAGGGUGGCACAGGAGCGGGCGAGGCACAGAGGCAAGCGGAAGAGUCUCAGCGACGACGAGGCGGGCAAGGUCUCUGUAUUGCUGGAGGCUCAAUCUAUGAAGGGCGCAGAAUCAUCGAACCGAUCGCGUGCUGCCGAGCUUCAUGCUCUCCAGGACAGACUCGCAAACUCGUUCCCCAAGGGCCAUCCCACGGAGGAUCAUUCAGACCGAUCUGCCUCUGACAUGUCUUUGUCGGACGGCGAUGGAAAUACGGACAUUGGAAGCGAAGAUACGGGCGAGUUUCUGCGGAAUCUGAACGGGCGAGACCAUUCGGCAGUUUCGCAGGUCGCGAACAAUACGCAGAAUACUACUGCUCUGCGGUCAAUGGCGUUUGGGCUGCAUACCCGCAAUGAUUCGGACCUAUUGGAAGCGGAUUCUGAAAUGCAACGGGCAAUGGGCGCUAUGGACAGCUUUGACAUGGAGCCGUCGCGGAACGAACGUCCCAUAUCUUUCCCGCCGGCAAGACCUUCCAAAAGUCCAGGAUUGGCGACCAGACCGCUCGCUAUGCUCGGUCGGGCGGGAUCUCUGACGGAAAAUCAGUUGAUGGGAAACGCUUCACGCAGAGUCUCUGGGGAGCUGUCAAGGCGACACAGUGCCGAUGUGGAGAGCUUAGCGCCGUCUAGUCAACCCAGUACACCCGAUAGGGAUAGGCAUCAACAUCACCGCAACUCUCACUCGCAUUCGGGCUCUGCACUUCCUGGGCCUCGCUCUCGACGCAGCAGCAUUGUCUCACUGGGGGAACGUGAUCUUUCAGUAGGCUCAUCAAUCGGCUCAAUGGGAGACUUGAGAGACCGGAUAAACGGCGAAAAGACCGAGCAUGACCAUGAAAGGGAGCGUUCAUGGAACCGGCCGAAUAGCAGCGCCGCAUCUGCGUACCUCCGACAGCGACUCAGCUUCCCUCCCCGCUCCGGCUCUUCUCUCUCCUCCAACUCGACCCACUCCACACCCGACCGCUCUCAACACUCUUCACGAGCGCCUACUCCCGACCCAGAGGAGAUCCACGAACGCGAGUUCAACUGGAAUAACCCUCGGCCCGAGUGGACACAUAGCCGAACGCGUACGCUAAGCGGUGAUAUUGGCUCUCCGGGCUCGCCCUCCCAACACCACACGCUUCCACCUCGCUCCCGUACGCACAGCACAUCAUCUCUGACACACGCCCGCCGACCGAGCUCGGCGUUGUCAACGAACUCGUCCAUCUCCACUCACUCCCGCCCGAGCACUCCCGACCCCGAACAAGAGCGUAUUCGGGAGCACAACUGGAAUAACCCGUCACCGAACUGGAAUCGCCCUCCGCCUCGCCGUUCGCUUUCACCUUUACCUCCCACCCCUUCCUCAUCUGCACGUCCACGAGCAAGCUCGCUCUUAAGCGCGCAAACGCCCGAUCGACCGAGUUCGCGAGCGUCUUCGCCCGUACCGCCACCCGACAGCUCCGACAAGCAACAUCUACGCGAACGGAACUGGGGUUCGCAUACGCCGAACUGGUCUGCGUCAUCUAUACACGCCUCUCGAAGGAGCAUGUCACCUCUACCGCCCCCCUCACCUUCACCUGGAUCGCGUCCUGCGCCAUCACCGCGUCCUUCACCGUCGCACGCGCGUGUACGGACACAAAGUUUUCCGAACAAACCCAUAAGCCCGGGCCCUACGCCUCCACGCGCCGGAGGGUCGAGGAGUAACUCGUCGUUGGGUGUCAGUCCGCCGACGUGGCCUGCUCCGCCCAGUCCCAGCCCACCACGGCCACUGGGAAGGAGGGAGAGUGCACCUGCAAGGGGCGCGGCAAAGGAGGCGCUGGCAAGAGUCAAUGGCUCGGCCAGCAAGACCAAUGGGAGGGAAUCGCCUGCUCUGCAUCAGCGCAAGGAUCCUGCUUCGGGGAUCGCGAAGCCGACGGGGAUACCAAAGCCCGGGUUGAGCUCCAUCAAGAGUUGGUCCUUCCCUCGUAAAGGCGCGGCCUCGUCCGUGCAGGAUAGCGAUGUCGAGACUGAGAGCAUGUCGUCGCGCUCGCCAUCGCCUGUUCAUACAUCCAGCCGCGGCGCGAGUCACAUUCCUGUGCGUUCACCCAGCAGGAUCCCACGCGCGGAGAGGGCAGUACCUGGCACGCCCGCUGAGGAGCCUCCAUCGAGCAUCUUCCGAAGAGGUCACAAGAGGGCGGGCACGGAGUUCGCGGAGGCGAAUGGUGCGAUCCCGCCUAGGAUCGUCGUGGAGGAGAGCGACCCGGAGGACGAAGAUGAGGUGCGGGCGUCGCUUGAGGACGAGGGGUAUAGCGACGAUGGGCAACACCUUGAUCCGUCUGGUGGGGGUCUUGAGCCGUUGAGGGAGAGUGAUGAGGACGGUAGCACGCCGGUGUUGAGGCCGGUGCAUAUUCCGGAGGUGGAGGAGGUUAGUGGAAGCGAGGCGCCUACGCCUACGCAGGCCGAACCCGCUUCUACAUUCGAGUCCGAACCUGAACCUGAGCCGGUAUCUGAGGCCGAGUACGAAGGUCAACCUCAGUCCGAGGCCGAGUCCUCGAGAGAGGAGGAGUCACUCCACGAGCCACUGGCGGCAUCGACUACGCCCGAUACAACACCAGCCUUUGUUGACCCCGAACAGGACUCCGAAGCCCCUUCAUCGCCCUCUACACCUCCACCCGCACAACCAACAUCCUUCUCAGACCUCAUGACUCCCCCUCGCCGACCAUCGCUCUUCCACACGCCCGCGCCGAGACCGCCAUCGCCCUCUCCGUCGAAGGGUCUCCCUGAUCUUCCGCCACCGCCUUCGGACGACGAAGAGGAACCCGCUCCACCACCGACACAGCCGAACUUCUCGCUCAUGAAGACACCACGGCCGCCGGGUGGAUGGAUCUCUACACCCGCGCCUGCGCCUGCACGUUCCGCAUCGACCGAGCCGCCCUCUCAACAUACCAAUGGCCGCGCACGCUCAAACUCGACCGGCAGCCCUGCCGAGCCUACGAAAGGAGUUCUGAAGACACCUGCGGCGCUCAAUCGUGCAAGUACGCUCCCGACACGCACACCUGCGCCGCCCGGAGGAUGGAUCAAUACACCUGCUCCGAAUGGUGUACCUGCGACGGAUAAGCGGAAGAGCGUGAUGAAGGUCCGGUUCGAGGCUCCUGGGCCGAGUACGAGUGAGAGCGAGGUGCAGGAAGACGCAGGAGAUGAGACCGAGCGCGAGGAUGUGUCGUUGUCAUUAUCGUCGAUGCCGCUUCCGGCGCCGGUGUUCGAUGCCUCGUGGAGCGUGGUCAACACGCCUUCGAAUGUGAACGGCAGCGAGCAGUGGGGAGACGCCGUGGCGGACGGCUCGCUCUCUGAACCGUCUUUCGCGGGCGUCGUGUCGUCGUCACCCGCGGCAAAAGAGAAUCAGGAGCCGUCUACGCCUGCUCCUGCGUCGGAGAGGGAGAAGAAGGUGCGCAAGUCGCCUAGCGUGAGGUUGUUGGAUGAGUAUGGGAGGGAGAAGAGUAGGGAUCCGGAGGCGGCGGCUGUGCAGGAGAAGGAGGCUGCUAAGGAGAAGGCUAAGGCGGCUAAGCUGGAGAAGGAGAGGGCGAAGCAGGAGGAGAGGGAGCGUGAACGCGAGCGGGAGAGAGAACGGGAGGCGGAGCGUCAGCGGGAGCGGGAGCAGGAGAAGGAACGGAUUCGUCAGCAACAGCAGGCUGUCAAGGAGCGCGAGCGCUCAUUGCGCAUGCCCGGCGGUACACUGCAGACGCCACGAAGCAAGAGCUCAGUCCGUAUGCUCGACGCUAUGGGUCGCGAAGUCGAGGACGACGAGCCCGGCUCGGACUCGACGAUCACCGAGACGCGUAUGACUCGCUCGCAGGCCAUCGAGCGCAUGCGUCGCGCUGUGACAGAGCUUCGUGAAGGGUUGGAUAGCGCCGACAUUGAUAGCUCAGAUGAGCGCAUGGAUGAUGCACGUUUAGCGCACUACCACGAGAUCUCCCGGGCGGCGAGGGAAAAUCGUGACCGGCUGGCCGCUUCCCUUCGUCAAGCUCAACAGCAGAAGGGCAAGACGAAGGGCUCGUUGUGGUCGAGGUUGAUUCCCAAGGCCUCGCUAUCUGCCCGCCAGUUACUCCUGAUAUCCUUCACCAUCUUCUUCGCCCAAUGCUUCCUUGCUUUGUACAUAUACCGCCUCUCCCACCGACACGCCCGCGACACCUUUCUCUCUACCUACUACGACCCUUUCCACCCUGCUCUGUACCUCAAUCCUGACCGACCCGGCGAGCAGCAAAGCAAGAUGGCUUAUACCUCUCGAGUCGUGCACACCACGAUGUCUUCGGUCUCCUCCGCCUUUCAGCGCGCGUGGAGAUCUCGGGCAUCUGAACAGUCGAGCUCGUGGCCCCCGACAUGA